AUGGUCCCUCAGGCCUAUGGUCCCUCAGGCCUAUGUUCCCUCAGCCCUAUGGUCCCUCAGGCCUAUGUUCCCUCAGGCCUAUGGUCCCUCAGCCCUAUGGUCCCUCAGGCCUAUGUUCCCUCAGGCCUAUGGUCCCUCAGGCCUAUGUUCCCUCAGGCCUAUGUUCCCUCAGGCCUAUGGUCCCUCAGCCCUAUGGACCCUCAACCCUAUGGUCCCUCAACCCUAUGGUCCCUCAACCCUAUGGUCCCUCAACCCUAUGGUCCCUCAGGCCUAUGGUCCCUCAAGCCUAUGUUCCCUCAGCCCUAUGGUCCCUCAGCCCUAUGGUCCCUCAACCCUAUGGUCCCUCAGGCCUAUGGUCCCUCAGCCCUAUGGACCCUCAGCCCUAUGGACCCUCAGCCCUAUGGUCCCUCAGCCCUAUGGUCCCUCACCCUAUGGACCCUCAGCCCUAUGGACCCUCAGCCCUAUGGUCCCUCAACCCUAUGGACCCUCAGCCCUAUGGACCCUCAGGCCUAUGGACCCUCAGCCCUAUGGACCCUCAACCCUAUGGUCCCUCAGGCCUAUGGUCCCUCAGCCCUAUGGUCCCUCAGGCCUAUGGUCCCUCAGCCCUAUGGUCCCUCAGCCCUAUGGUCCCUCAGCCCUAUGGUCCCUCAGGCCUAUGGUCCCUCAGGCCUAUGGUCCCUCAGUCCUAUGGUCCCUCAGGCCUAUGGUCCCUCAGGCCUAUGGUCCCUCAGUCCUAUGGUCCCUCAGCCCUAUGGCCCCUCAGGCCUACAAUCCCCCAGCAUCAGGCCCUUCUAUAUUGCACAUAAUGUGUUGUUUCACUCAUGA